UGGAGCCCAAAGUCGGAUCCAAGACAGUUCUUUCCUGAAUAUUCACUCCCAUACAGCAGCUACCUUCUCCUCCUGCCACCUCUACUUGGCCCGUUGCCACCGUCAAUUUCGCCGGAACGGCGGCCGGAAAGUCAUUCGUCGGUGGGUUUUAGCUCCCGAGCUAUCUUCUCGCCUGAAUCUCAGUGUUUAGAAAGACCUAAUAAAAUUUUAUAGGGAAAGGUUAAAACCCUUUUAAAACCCUAAUUCUCUCUUUGGAACCACAAAAAACUUCAGUCAUGUAUGGUGGUGACGAAGUAUCGGCAAUUGUGAUUGACUUGGGCUCCCACACUUGCAAAGCUGGUUAUGCUGGCGAAGAUGCUCCCAAGGCCGUGUUUCCCUCCGUUGUUGGAGCAAUUGAUCAGAUGGACAUUGAUGAACCUGAUAAUGCUGAAAAGAACUCUGCUUCUUCUGCGGAUUCGAAAAACAAUACCAGAAAUCCUGAUUCUGAAAACAAAGGAAAGCGCAAAUUGUAUGUGGGAUCACAGUCCUUGGGAUACCGCAGAGACCAUAUGGAGGUGCUGUCACCGUUGAAAGAUGGCAUUGUUGCUGACUGGGAUAUUGUUGAUAGCAUAUGGGAUCAUGCUUUCAGGGAAUGCCUUUUGAUUGAUCCUAAAGAGCAUCCGAUGCUACUUGCAGAACCUUCUUCUAACACUCAACAACAGAGAGAAAGGUAUUCUAGCCUU